GGCUGCAAUCCUCGACGCUGUCAAUACGACGAGAUAUAAUUCCCACGUGUCAGGAUGUUGAUCUAGUUACCAUGGCAACGAGGAAGUGAAUUCUUGUGUUCAUCAGCCACAGCCUCAAGACGACUUUUCCAUUGUUACAAACAACAAAAUACAAAAAAGAUGAUUUGUGUUCAAAGAAAUGGAUGUACCGUUCGAUAGUAAUAGAAUGAUAAGAUCUGAGUCGCAAGCUGGCAUCAACAAUUAUUGGUUUGAGCUCACAAUACGACUGACAUUUACACGGUCCGUUUCGCGCAAAUGCGCUCCACUGAUCAGUGAGCAGAAAACUGUCUGACACCUGUUCUGUAACUCAAUUCCAGUCAUAUCGAAUGGAACCAUUGUCAUUGGCGAAGCUUGGGCAACACAGUUGUGAAUUAAACAGGUGGUGAUAUUACCGAACUGACAUAAACGUGUGUUCACUUGUGUGUAGCGCGCUUGGUGGAAGGUCCAGCGUGUUGUCAGACUCGGAAGGGAUGUGUAGAACUUUAACGGUCCAGACAGAACAGCGUUCCUGACAAAUAUAUUUUUUUCAACUAUGGGUAAACUGAACAUAUUUGAAAUAACGUUAAACAACCCUCAAGGUGUGUAUAACCCCGGCCAGUUCUUAGAGGGGCAUGUCGUGGUGGACUUGAAUAAGGAAAUGACCAUGAGAGCAAUACGGCUUCACUUGUAUGGGGGUGCUGACGUAAGAUGGACUGAAAACCACACCUCAGGAACAGGAAAGAACAGGAAGAAUGUCACGAAGAUAUAUUCAGCCACAGAGACCUACAUCAACUACGAGCUGGUAUUGUUUGGAAAAGCACCACACCUAGAGGGAGACAACCCUACUCUACCCGCAGGCCGCUACACAUACCCUUUUCAAUACCACCUCCCAGUCGGCAUUCCCUCUUCAUUUGAGGGUACAUUUGGGAGGGUACGGUAUUGGCUCUGUGGUACCAUUGACAAGCCAUGGAAAUUCGACCACACAACGAAGAAAGCCUUCACGGUGAUUAAUCUACUGGAUCUCAACACUGAACCUGGGAGUAUGGAUGGAAUACGAGGUGAGGGUCAAAAGACACUAUGUUGCCUGUGCUGCAAAUCUGGACCAAUAAGCUGCACGUUUCAGAUUGACCGCUGUGGUUAUGUCCCAGGGGAAGCCAUACCUUUAAAGGGCGAGAUCAUCAACCACAGCAAUCGGAGAAUGAAGAGAUCCUACGCUCAGUUAUACAUGGUGAGGUAUUACCACGCAACACGGAAGUCCAGAAGUGACAUCCAGAAAAUAGCGGAAAUCUCACGUGGCGCAAUCCUCCCUGGUGACACGGAUGUCUGGAACGGAGACCCGCUUUUAAUACCGCCAGUGCCGCCCUCCAAGUUACCUGGGUGCAGAAUAAUAGCCCUCGAGUACUUUAUAAAGCUAUGUGUUGAACCUGCUGGACCCGGGUUUCAACUAGAAAUACCUCUGAGCGUGAUCAUCGGAUCCAUACCGCUCAGAUACGCACUAGAACAAUACGGGUUGGCUCCUCGGACCGAGGGCCCACACCAGUCUCAGCUUUACCAGGACAGUCGGCAAUCUUCAGCAUCACCGCUACCACCCAUGCCUCCAUCAUACGCAGAAAGCGUGUUUGGCGCAGUGAACAUCAAGGAUGACGAUGACUCCGAGCAUACCAAAGGGAACAUGAACUUCACUCCAGUGUAUACCUUUUACAACUGGGGAGAAACAGCUCAACCUUCAGCACCUCCACCAUAGCAACAUCCCCAUUGGCAGCAAACACCUGUUUCCAAAAGGAAACACCUCACACAAUCUCCUCUCAACUUUUACUAAACACGGGAUGAUAGCCGUAACCAGCUAAUUACUGCAGAGUUGCGUCCCUUAGGAGUGUCAGGAACUUAUGAAUAUAAUUCAAAUCUCCCGAUUAAGUUUCUAGGUUUGCCAGCACCAUCCCCCAGCUGGUGGGUUUUCACUUAAGUGGUAAAUGUCCUGCAUCACUUCGAGCUUACCUCCCACGUCAUGCUGACACCCACACUAAGCUAAAAUACUGUUUAGGGCUGCGUUUAACCAAACUCACCCAAGGAAGUUGCCUGAAAUCAAACAAAUGAAACGUAAUGUACAUUCAGUCUUGCGUGGUUGGCAUACAACCCCGACUUGAUACAUUUCGUGAAACUUGAUCGUGCCUUCUGUUACAGCAUACUGUGGCCAGUGUGUCCAGUAUCACUAGUCUAUCUGUACAGUAUUAUUGCUAUGAAAGGUGUAGCGACAGGUGUUACAUGUUACGUUUGAGGUGCCUUGGUUUGUCACUAUUUCUGUGAACUGUGAUAAAAUAUCGAAAUUUGAUGAUGAUGGUGCUACUCUUGAAUAACUGUACACCAGAAUCAACCUUUGCUACCUAUAAAUUGAAAAUGUAUUUCUCCAUGCGCGACUUCAAAUACUGAUAUACACAAAUAUGUUGACGUAACAUUAACAGCUGAAUAAUUUGACUUCGUAAAUAUGUUUAAAUGUAGUUAAUUUUAUGUGAUUACAUUUAUCUGAUUGCAAUACUAAACUACCUGGCAAAAGAAGGUAUACACUUAAAAAUUGGAUUUGACCAAACAAAACAAAUUUUAUCAAAACAUUACUGGUCACCGAAACCUUGUAGACGUAAGGUCCACAACACAACUAUGAUGCCCGUAUCAAAUACAUCACCAUCGAAUAACCAUUUCUUGUUUAUUUCUUUUAAGACACUAUCAAAAAGGGUGUGUACUUUCUUUCUGCCGGGCAGUAAGCACGGCUGAUCCUGUGUGCAAUGUUACGUCUCAUAGUCGAAUGAUCAUAUAAUCAUCGGUUCAAAUGCCAGAUACAUCCUGAUUUUGAUUGGGUUUCACCAAAGAGAAAAUCUUCAACGUCGGGUUUUCCCCCAUUCCCAUUGUAAGCUGCCACGCCGUGAAAUCACUGAAACAAUGUUCAGAAGGACGUUCAACCCAACUCUAGCUCUCAACUACAAUAGAAGCUUCAACAAUCAUGUGUUAUGGUCUCUUCACUAUUUACAAAGGAUGGCUGAAAAGUUCUGAGCCUUACUACGAAGUUUGCCUGUAUUAAAUACAACACUGAACAUUCCUACAAGCUGCAUAUUUCUGCGGGCAUCAAAGUGACAAUGACAAAUUUACAAAAUUGGUUACGGCGCUGUCAUCAAGUAACUCAUCCUCAAAGGCUCCAACAGGUACUAGUAUCCUCGCGUACAUGGUGUCGAAUUUAGGGGAUGAUGAUGCGCCUCUGUUUUCCUCUGUUAAGACUCCUGUUUGCUUGUUUAACACCGCACUACUAUAUGACGGUCUAGUUGUUAAGUCAUUGGUUCACUACUAUCAGCUAUAGACUAAACAAACGUGAAAAUGUAGUGGAUACAUCUAACUCUGAAGAACGCAAAUUAUUUGUUGGCACAGAACACGUGUUCCAGCUGACGGUUUUCUGGGAUUCCAAAAUGAAUCCUACGCUGAACUACUCCCAGAAAGAUCAGCAUUUGCAACCAUCAACGUAGUCCAUCACUGGUAGGCCCAGAACCUUUCAGCCAUCUCUUGUAUCAUACGGCGGUGGGAUAUCCUAGUAAUUAAAUCCGAGUACUAUACCCCGCAGGUUUUAAUAAGUGAUGACCCUCGCCAUCAAAUUGCUGAAAUACUGCUAAAAUCAGAGUAAACGCGCUGUCAUUGUCACAGUUGCAAUCGCGUGUGUGUGUAGCUGUAAGUGGGCCAGGAAUUCUAAAAUUCUGAACGUUUUGUCACUCAAGUUUUACAUUUAAUUUUGCAUUAAAUAUAUGCUGAUUCCUGUAAAUUCCUGACUAUUUUUAAUUAUCAACGAAUUGUAUAACAUGUACCAGUGAUAUGUUACUUGUUCGGUCAAUUCUUGAAUACUGUAUUACGUAACAAAUGCAAUCAGUCAUUCCAUUUACCAUCUUCAACCUGUAAGAAUUUCUAUUUGCAGUCUUGCGCCUUUAGUCGUGUAAAGAUCCGCUGAUAACGGGUUCUCCCUGAUUUUUAUCCUUUGUCCUUCAGCACCAUAUGUACCUGCACUGCUCGUGAAGCUCGUGAAGCUCGCGAAGCUGCGAUGACGAAAUACUGUUAAAAGUGGCAAUAAACUCAUUCACACAUUCAUAUGCAUGUAUAUCUGUGAUAUGUUCUUUUAUAUUUACUGGAUAUCACAGGUUUUUCUGCAUUGUAAUGCAAUACGGUAUAUAUGGCUGACAUAUUGAUGAUGCGACCUUAAAUUUUAACUCACAUAUUAUCUCAGUGUUCUCAUAUUAACUGUUUGAUUGGGAUUCUAGAAGUUGGUGAGUAAAUAAGAAAACAAUUUUGGCUAACAACUUCUGGCUAACUGCAUAUGGCAACGUUUCGAUGUAGCUUGAUAACGGUGUAAGUCGUUAUAUGCAACAAACCAGAAGUUGUUAUUCAUAAAAGUGUACGUUUUCUUAUUUCACGUUUAAAUUAUGCAUAUCUAAUACAUUUAAUGAAGUACUUACUAUUUAAAUACCUUUCACAUUCAUUUGGAAAUGUAAAUAGGAUUCCAUUCUAAUACAAAUAUCUAUUUUCUAAUAAA